AUGACCCACAGGUGCAUCCUCCAAAUUGCUCUCCUGUUGUGUUUCUCCACCACAGCUCUUUCCACGAGCUACAGAUUGCUUCAAUUCCAACAAAGGAGCAGCAGUUUGGCGUGUCAGAAACUCCUGCUGCAGCUGCUGCAGUUACCUGGAAUGCCUCAACAUUGCCUCGAGGAGAGGAUGGACUUCAAGGUCCCUGAUGAGAUUAAGCAACCACAGCAGUUCCAGAAGGAAGACGCCGUAUUGGUCAUCUAUGAGAUGCUCCAGCAGAUCUUUUGUAUUCUCAGAAGAAAUUUCUCUAGCACCGGCUGGACCGAGACCAUCAGUGAGAAGAACCUCCUUGCGGAAGUCUCUCGGCAGAUGGAUCGUCUGGAGACAAUACUGGGGGAAAUAAUGGAGAAGGAAAACUUCACCGGGGUAAACAUGACCAUUCUUCACCUGAAGAAAUAUUACCUGCAGAUCGUGCAGUACCUGAAGUCCAAGGAGUACAGCAACUGUGCCUGGACAGUAGUGCGAGUGGAAAUCCUCAGGAACUUUUCCUUCCUUAACCACCUUACAGACUACCUCCAUAAUUGA